CUGCCCGGGGUGUGGGGGGCAGACCCCAGCCUGGGCUGCUGCUCCUCAAUCCGAGUUACCGCUGGGGCAGCUGCCCGCUGCCUUCCGCAGCUCCGGGCAUCCUGCGGGACAGUAUUCCCUCUUCCCGAGCUGCCCCCGGCUGCCGUGGGGAAAGAAGGCGGUGGUGGCGGCCCCGGGAAGGCUGUUGCUGGCCCGAGCUCCGAGCGCGGUGUCUUCUCUCCCUGCUGGGCUGUGAGCAGCGCCGUCUUUGAUUCUUCAGGAGGCUCAUCUCAUAGUAUAGCUUAAAAAAACUUCGCGAAUACUGGGAGAAAAUGUCACAUAAAAGCUCUAAGGUAAUCAAGAAAGUAAACGUUUCUAGCUCCUUGGAAUCUGAGGAUAUCAGCUUGGAAACCACAGUACCAACUGAUGAUGUUUCGUCCUCUGAAGAGAGAGAAGGUACUGUAAAAAUCACUAAGCAGCUGAUUGAACGGAAGGAGUUGCUCCAUAAUCUUCAGCUGCUUAAAAUAGAAUUAUCACAAAAAAACUUGAUGAUUGACAACUUGAAAGUUGAAUAUUUGACCAAGAUUGAGGAGCUAGAGGAGAAGCUUAAUGAUGCAACCCAUCAAAAGCAGCUGUUGUCUUUACGACUGGAUAGUCAGUUGGCAUUACAGCAAGAAGAUGCCAGGAAACAUCAGGCUCUAAUGAAGCAAGAAAUGGAAACUAUUUUAUUGAGACAGAAGCAACUGGAGGAAACAAAUUAUCAGUUGAGAGAGAGGGCUGGAGAUAUCCGUCGUAGCUUGCGAGACUUGGAAUUAACAGAUGAAUGCUAUGAGAAACUAAAGGCUCUUCCUGAAGAUCAGCUUUCUAUCCCUGAAUACGUUUCAGUCCGGUUCUAUGAAGUAGUCCAUUCCUUAAGAAGAGAGCUAAGUGAUCUACAGAUGAAAAAGGAGAGUCUGACAGAAGAACUAAGUGGGUACAGAUCCCAACUGAAGUGUCUGACAGAGAGCUAUGAAGACGAGAGGAGGAGUCGGUCAGAGCUUGAGGUCAGAUGCCAGCGUUUAACACUGGAACUGGCUGAUACCAAGCAGUUGAUUCAGCAAGGUGAUUACAGGCAACAGAACUAUGAUAAAGUAAAAUGUGAACGUGAUGUAUUUGAGCAUGAAUUGUCAGAACUCAGAAGAAACUAUGAAAUACUGGAGGUAUCAUACAAAACACAAACUAAAGAAAGAAAUGACUUAGCAAAAGAGCUGGCAACCAUACAACAAUCCCUCAACUUGUUGCAAAAAGAUAAAGAUUAUCUGAAUCGCCAGAACAUGGAGCUUAGUGUUCGCUGUGCGCACGAAGAAGAUCGUCUUGAAAGACUACAGAUUCAGCUAGAGGAUGCCAAAAAAGCUAGGGAAGAAAUGUAUGAAAAAUAUGUUGCAUCCAGAGACCACUAUAAAGCAGAAUAUGAAAAGAGACUGCAGGAUGAGUUGGAACAAAUAAGGUUGAAAACAAAUCAAGAAAUUGAGCAACUAAGAAGCACCUCAAAAGAGAUGUAUGAACGUGAAAACAGAAAUCUGAGAGAAGCACGAGAUAAUGCUGUUGCAGAAAAAGAGAGAGCAGUAACUGCUGAAAAGGAAUCUUUAAGAAAAUACGAUCAACUCUUAGAACAGUAUAGACAAAUGCAGCUUGGCACAGAAAGCAAAGUUGCUGAACUUCUUCACCAAAGUAAGUUAAAGUCCUUUGAAACUGAACAUGUUCAACUCAUGCAACAAGAAACAGCUAAGAAUCUUUCACAGUGCCAAAUGGAAUGUGAGAAAUACCAGAGAAAGCUGGAGGUGCUUACAAAGGAGUUUUAUAGUCUUCAGUCUUCUAGUGAAACCCGCAUUAUUGAGCUUCAAACACAGAAUUCUGAGUUUCAAGCAAGACUAGAUACUUACGAAAAACUUGAAAAAGAGCUUGAUGAGAUAAUACUGCAGACAGCAGAAAUGGAAGAUGAAGUUGAAGCUGAAAGGGUUCUCUUCUCAUAUGGAUAUGGUGCUAAUGUUCCUACAACAGCCAAAAGACGACUAAAGCAAAGUGUUCACUUGGCAAGAAGAUUACUGCAGCUAGAAAAGCAAAACUCGUUGCUUGUGAAAGAUCUGGAACAUCAGAAGGAACAAGUAAUACAGAUUUCACAAGAGCUUGACAGAGCAAAUUCUUUGUUGAACCAAGCACAACAGCCAUACAAAUACCUCAUUGAAACUGUGCAACAGAGAGAUUCUCAAAUAAGUCUACAGAAAGAACAUAUUACACAACUUGAAAAAGAUUUCAGUCUUUUAAAUAAAGAAAAGACAGCUUUGCUGCGUGUCAAGAAUCAAAUGGCAGCAGAUUUGGAGAGACUUCUAAAUGACCGUGAGGAACUAGCCACAAUGAAGCAGAUUAUUUUUACUCUACAUGGUAAACACUGUGAACAAAAUCUACCUCGGUCUCAUACUGAUUUAAAAAGUGCAACUGGAAAACAAUCAAUCCCUUUGGGAAAACUGCUGCCAGAACAUGAAGAAGAAAAUAUAUUUACACCUAAGCCAACGUUAUUUACAAAUAAAGAGGUACCUGCGUGGUACAAGAAACUGAAGAAGAAAACAUCAGCAUAGCAUUUUUCAAAAAUUAUUCAAAAUAAUCCUUUGGGGAGCUUUUCUUUAAAGAAAGUUAUUUUCACCAUAGUUAUGCUCAUUUCACUGUAAAAGCAAACAACUGUUUUGGUUUUAACUGUUUCUUUUUUGACUUUCAAAUAAUCUUAUGCUUCAUAAAAUAAUUUCUAGAUCUCUCAUGUGAAUAAAAUGUGUGAAAAUGA